ACUUUAGUAUCAUCACGAAUUUAGAGUCAUUUCACACACCCUCAAACCUCCAGCACUGACCCAGUGGGGACAGAAGAGGAUAACAGUGGGCAGAACACAUGAGGCAAGAGUCUGGAUAUAAAAUAGAGAAUAAGGAAAAUCCCAACAAUUCUGUCACCAUGAAAUGUGAUUUUAAUUGUAAUCAUGUGCAUUCUGAACUUAAAUUGCCAAAACCCGAUGCCAUCAAAGGCCUGGAAUCUUGCACUCCUGCACACACGGAGGGCUCUUGUAAAGACCACAUUAAAGAAUAUCAAAGAUUGUCGCAUCAAGGAUUUCAAAAUGCGAACCCAAGAACUGUGGAAUUUAAAGGCGAAAGCAAGCCAGUGAAUAACAAGGAAAAUCAUCACAAAACAAUAAUAGAAGAGAAUAGUAGUUUUUAUGAAGAAAAUGACAGACUUUUUGAAGAUAGUGGCUACUCUUCAUUCUCUCACCAGAGCAUCUUAAGUGAACAUGAAUACAGCGACUUAUUGCUGAAAGGAAAUCUCUGUGUCAGCUCAAAGCCUCACCACUUAGAGGAGCAGACAGAACCUACAGAACAUCUUCCAAGUAAAAAUCUGUUGCCUGUCUGUCAUUUUGAGGAAGUGGUGUGUUCCACCUUAAGAAGGAACAACAGCAGAAACCCAAGAGUAGACUGGGAUACAGUGGAGAGGGUAGUUUCUCAUGGAAACUUUGGACUGCAGAAUAUAAUCGGCAGAAAAAUGGGUCUUGACCAACUGGAUAUUCUUGGCGAGCUCUUCCAAAGGGGACUCAAACAUCUCUUAGCAAGCAUUUUAAAACAUCUCAAUGAGAUGGACUUGAUAAAUGUGGCUAAAGUCAGCACAACGUGGAAGAAGAUCUUAGAAGAUGAUCGAGAGGCAUUCCAGGUGUACAAUAAAGCAGUAAAGAAAAUUAUUGAAAAUAACACUAAACUCUCCGCACAUGCUUCAACUAGGGAAUAUAUUCUCUUCAGAACAGCACUCUCCUCGGUUCAGAAAGCCACGCUUCCUAGUUCAUACAAAAAGCCACCCCGACCCAAAGCAUCCAGCCAAAGUAAUCAGAAUGGCUCCACUUAUAGCAGACAUGCGGAGUUUUCUGAGAUUGCCAAAACCUUGAAAAAGAAUGAGAGCCUGCGACCCUGCCAUCGUUGCAGCUCACCUGCCAGAGUUGACUCCUACCUUCACAGGGCCACGUGUAGCAGGGAAGGCUGUGGCUUUGAUUUUUGUACAAAGUGUUUAUGCAGCUACCAUAUCACCAAAGACUGUACUACCACUAACAAGCUCCAAAAAGCAAACUCCAAAACAGGACCACUUCCAGGUAGCAAAAAAAGUAAAAUGAAUUUACGGAGGUUGUGAUGUUUUGUGAUGUUGGGACCACUGGGCCAUGAAGAUUCACUUGGAGUGAGUGUUCCUUACAUUAAGAAGCCAUCAAGUGAUCCUUGCUUUGGGUUUGUUUGUUUUUUUUUUAAUAGGGACAUUGAAUGUAUUUUAAUCAUUUUUUCAAUUUUACAUAAAGAAAAAAAUCAAUGUUUUAAAAUCACCCACUGGA